AUGAUUGACGCCGAGGUUAAAAUCAAAUUAACAUUGGACGCACAACAACACAAGUAUUUACCAAUCGAUUUAGUCGAUAUUGGAAAAGUUUUGGCAAAAGUUAUUGCUGCCUUGCCUCAUACUGGACAACAAAACCAACAACUGUUUGCUUCUUUAUUAAAAAACUCCAAAAAUAUCGUCAUCGAGGAUGAAAAAUCAAUUAUCGUUGCAUUAACAGGACCUGAAAGUGUAGCUUGUGAGCAUGAUGUUGAAAAACUUAAUGAUUUGGCAGGAACCAAGAUUGACUAUGAAGAAAUUUCUUGUGACGAUCUAAAAUGCUAUUAUAUUCUUUAG